AUGGGAGAAUUGUGCUCUACUGGUAAGAAAAUAAAAAUUAAAAUUUACAAUUCACAAGAAAUUAUGAAAAUUCUUGACCAGGAGGAUACCAGAAAGAAUCUAGAAUCUAUUUCAAUCUAAUUGAGGAACUCUGUCUUGAAUCUCUUUCAAAUAAUAGAUUCAUAGAUGUCCAUAAUCAAACAGAAACUACUUUUCGAAAGUGAUAGAAGUAUUGCACACAAUACUCUUCAUUAAUACUUAAGGAUUUUGAUCAAUUCUUAUUACAUACCAUUUCAACAAAAUUUUUUGAAUCUCGCUUUUCCGAUACUCGAACUCUGUGUAGUCAAAGUAAGAUCUUUAUUUAAGUAGAUCCUAAUCGAAUCAUACUUAGCCAUGAGAACCUUAAAUUCGAAACAAGAAAUAUGGUGGAAUUCUAACUACUUCUAAAUAAGAAAACGAGUCCUGAUUUAGGAAUUCAAAAUGGAUGUGAAACCUUAGAAACCAAGUAUUGAGGCUCCAUUCAUCGAAUAUCUACAAUUAUUAAUAGACAUAAUCGAAGCUUAACUGAAUUCCGCAUGUGUCUUUAACUUAUAAGAAAAAAAAAAUAUCCAAUAAAUUUCAGAAUCUCAUACAGGCACGAACAUAUUCUAUAGUGAAUUAAAAAAAAACAUUGACUUAUGA